GCUCUGUGCUGUCCCGUGGUAACCAGCCGGGCAUGUUUGAAACGAAAAUACGACCUGGGGCGGGCUGUACUGGUCUGAAGUGACCCGUGUAAUGUAUUUAAAUGCACAUAGACUUUAGUGCAAGACUUGAUGCUUGGAUGCCGCGUUUCAGCAACAUUGUUGCUCUCCUCAAAGUAAGAAAGUAGCCAGCUUGCGCUGUUGUUUUAUUUCGCCUCAGCAGACUUGUAACAGAUUGGCUACAUUUGUAGCAGCGGGCUAAAUACGGCUCACUCCGCAACAGCUGAUCUGUCCUCAAACACCCUACUGAUGGACGUGUACAGCUACGUGUGCGUUCUGCUCCUCUGCUCUUGUGUAGUGCUCGGCAAACCAACGCUAAGAAAAGAGCGCGUCCACCACGACCCAUUAGAACUCAUUAAGCAAGCCAACGAAGACAACCAGAGCUUCCAAUUCGAUCAUGAGGCCUUUCUGGGAAAGGAGGACGCUACUACCUUCGACCAGCUUACGCCGGAGGAGAGCAAAGACAGGCUUGGUAAGAUAGUGGACCGGAUAGACAGUGAUGGAGAUGGCUAUGUCACCAUCACUGAACUGAAGGCCUGGAUCAAGCGGGUGCAGAAGCGUUACGUCUACGAGAACGUGGCCAAGGUGUGGACGGAUUACGACCUCAACAAAGACAACAAGAUCUCGUGGGAUGAGUACAAGCAGGCUACCUAUGGCUACUACCUGUCUAACCCAGAGGAGUUUGAAGAGGCCACAGACCAGUUCAGCUUUAAGAAGAUGCUGCCCAGGGACGAGAGGAGAUUUCAAACAGCUGAUCUGGAUGGAGACCUGGCAGCUGAUAGAGAAGAGUUCACCUCCUUCCUCCACCCAGAGGAGUUUGACCACAUGAAGGACAUGGUGGUCCUGGAGACCCUGGAGGACAUUGAUAAGAAUGGAGACGGACAUGUGGACGAGGAUGAGUAUAUUGCGGACAUGUUUUCCCAUGAGGAGGGGGGUCCAGAACCAGACUGGGUCAGAACGGAGCGGGACCAGUUCUCUGACUUCAGGGACCUGAACAAGGACGGAAAGAUGGACGUGGCAGAGAUUCGCCACUGGAUCCUGCCCCAGGACUACGAUCACGCCAUGGCAGAGGCCCGACACCUGGUCUACGAAUCAGACCAGGACAAGGACACAAUGCUGACCAAGGAGGAGAUCCUGGAGAACUGGAACAUGUUUGUAGGAAGUCAGGCCACCAACUAUGGAGAAGACCUGACCAAGAACCAUGAUGAACUCUGAGCAGUUUAUUGUAGUGUAGUUGUGUUUGUGGCAGGUCGGUCGGACCUCAACUGAGCAUCGUCAACCUCGACCACAAACUUGUCUGGUCCUCAGCCUUAUCCUGCUAAAUGUCAUCAGUUGAACACAAACAUAGUUCCAACACUGCAGUACCCCCCCGAGGGGAGGGGCCAAGGAAUGGUCUGUUCCUACCACUGACGGACGAGGUCCUCCUGAGCGGCUGGACCGGGUUUGGUCCUGUUUCUGACAUUUAGGAACAGAGAUUGACCACACCCAACCUCUGUGCGACUGCCGUUGACGUUCCUUAUCAGCCAGACUCCCAUCUGGCUUAGCGUCCUUUUACAUCUUUAUACACAGCCAUCAUCACAUGACCAUCUUUGACCGUUUGAUCAUUUCCCUUAUAUUGUCUUUUCUUUAAACCUUACAUGAUUUUAGCGGAGAUGAGAACAUAGGGUUGAUCGUCAGGAAUAUUUGAUUUGAUUGUGGUUCCAAUGUGAAAACAAAGCACAGCCUAGAAUACUUACUCAAAUUCUAUGUAUUUAGUCAUUUAACUUGAGGAGGCGAAGAAGCCUGGGAGGUAUAAUAGUUAGACAGAGGUCAAUGGGUGUUUAUAGCGUUUAUGAAGGCUGCCUACUUGUUUAACUUGUCAGAUAUCACUACACACUUUGUUUUUAUACAGUGGACACAGAUGUUGUUUUGUUUUGCUGGCCAGUAAAGACUAUUUUAUAAAUUACAUUUUUUCAAGUGCUCUUGGAUUUGCGAGCUUCCUGUUGUAAAAUGUUUUAGGAUCUGUUACUAACACCCAUCUUAAUGAUAUGCUCUUUGCACGCAUCUUUUCCCAAUACAGUCUGUGAAAACAUUCAUUUUAUUUACUUUUGCUUUGUUCGCUUGUUUGUUUUUAUACACUUAAGGCCUGCCUGUGUAAAAAUGUAAUAUGAGUUACAUGCAAAAUAACCAGGCUAUUGUCAUGAUGAAAAUGUAAUUUUUGCCUUUUCAUUGUUAUGGGAGUUUUAGAGUGAUGUAAAAUGACUUGAAACGCAGGAGAAGAGGGGUUCCAGUGUACUGUAUGUGUGUCCUCCGUUACCUCAAAGCUGCUUCUCAUAUUGACACUAUUGUUCACGUUGUAAGAUAGGACUUCCUGUUAGAUCACUUCCUCUUGUACCAUGCCAAAUGUACUCCCUUGUGUAUAUUAAUGUUUUAGAAAAAGAAACACAUUUUACCAUUCUUGUCUAGUUUGUAAUUCUAUGAUGACCCACGUCUUUUUAUCAAUGUACCUUUUUUUUCUCUGUAUAAGAAGUUAAGCCAAGGUUUUUCUCAAAUUAAAUUAAUUUAUAAAGCCCUUCUUA